CCACAUUACUUACUUUGAAUUGCACCCAAAUCUGUGGCUCUUCUUCCUGGAGUCAUCUGACAGAAUGUGAUGAUGAUGUUCAGUGCUCAAAGUCUGGAGUUACUAGUUGAAUGUUACUAAACAGCGAGUUAUUUCACAAACACUGAAAUUUAAAAAGUAUUCACAGCUAUCCAAGUAUGAAGUCAUUAUUAAUAUAUGCUUUUAUCAAGGAAGACCAACUUUAACAAGAGAAGAAAAUGCACAUCUCACCUUGGUUCUACUCCCUACAGUAAUGUUUCCGCCAAAAGAGAAAAAAGCACUAAUACAUUUGUCCUUGAAAGGGCAGAUCCCAGAAACACGGAUCUCUCUGACCGCCCCCUCCCUUUCUGCUGGGGACCAAACCGCCUUGCCCCUCCUGGUGUCACCAAAGUCCACAGAGAGUCAAGCAAAAGUGUUUACUUGUGCUGCCUGCCAGCCGGGUGGGGCGGGGGGAGGUACCUGAGCUGCCCCUAGCUUUGGUCUCUGCAGCCUUCCAAACAAAUCUAGGAGGGAUGGCAGAGUCUCCUAGGCUGUGCAACUUGAUCCUCCUACCUUGUCCUGAAGCCACCCGCCGCUUUUUCCCUGCCCUCCCCUCGUGGUGAUUUUCCUGUCCCGGACUCCAGGAGAGGGCGCGCGGCGGGAGUCUGCCCAGCCGGAAAGGUAGGAGCUUGGCCGCGCUCCUGCCUCGCCUGCCCCGGCGCCCCAACGCCUCCCUCCGCAUUGCACCUUCCUCAGCCAACUUGCGGGCGGCCACGGCCACCACGCAUCUGGCGCCAGCCGCCCAGCAGGAGGAGCUUCCCCGCGGCUCCCGAGGCUUUCCACGCUUUUGACUGGAUCGAGAGCCAGGAGCUGCGGGCAGCGCACGCGCUGGUGGGCGCCUCGGACUCCGGGCGGCGCUGCAUCCUUCCCUGCUUCCCGGCAGGGUCCAAGGAGACUGAUUCCUCCCUGUGCCGCCCCUGAGCCGCGCCACCUUCCUCCAGUUCCGCCAGCCGCGGGCUUCGGCGGCCCGAUGCUGCAGGCGCCGAGGGAGAGGCAGCAGCUGGCUGGAGAGAGCGGCGGCGGGCGCGUCGAAAGCAGAGGGCCCCCGGCCCGGGAGUCCGGGGCGUUUCUGUGGUCUUCGCGCCUAGGCCUCGGCGGCACUUCCAAGUGAAGAAGCAGCACAGCAUUUUGUCUUGGAUAACUUUUAGUGGGGAGGCUCCAACAACUUAGCAGCCAGCCUCCUUUCAGCAUUCUGCACCCUCAGACACCUAGGGCCUUUGGGAAACAGAUUCCUAAAAGUGUAGUGAGCACACCCAAUUUUCAGGACAGGAUUUGGUCAUCUGCUUCUGCAGUGAGGGCUCAGCUUUUAUUAGAUGAAAAGAUCUGUCUGUAUAUACUAAGGAGGAAAUCUGGCAAAAGCAUUGGCUUUCCUGAAAUAUUGGAAAAAGAGGUGGGCCAGCCAUGAGAGGGUACCUUGUAGCCAUAUUCCUGAGUGCUGUCUUCCUCUAUUAUGUGCUGCAUUGUAUAUUGUGGGGAACAAAUGUCUAUUGGGUACCACCUGUGGAAAUGAAGCGGAGAAAUAAGAUCCAGCCUUGUUUAUCAAAGCCAGCUUUUGCCUCUCUCUUGAGGUUCGAUCAGUUUCACCCUUUUCUCUGUGCAGCAGAUUUUAAAAAUAUUGCUUCCUUCUAUGGCAGCGAUAAGUUUGAUUUGCCCUAUGGGAUAAGAACAUCAGCCUCAUAUUUUCGACUUGCUCUUUCAAAACUGCAGAGUUGUGAUCUCUUUGAUGAGUUUGACAAUGUGCCAUGUAAGAAGUGCGUGGUGGUUGGUAAUGGAGGAGUUUUGAAGAAUAAGACAUUGGGAGAGAAAAUUGACUCCUAUGAUGUAAUAAUAAGAAUGAAUAAUGGUCCUAUUUUAGGACAUGAAGAGGAUGUUGGGAGAAGGACUACCUUCCGACUUUUUUAUCCAGAAUCUGUUUUUUCAGAUCCCAGUCACAAUGAUCCUAAUACUACAGUGAUUCUCACUGCUUUUAAGCCUCUUGAUUUAAAGUGGCUGUGGGAAUUGUUGACAGGUGGAAAAAUCAACACUAAUGGUUUUUGGAAGAAACCAGCCUUAAAUCUGAUCUAUAAGCCUUAUCAAAUCAGAAUAUUAGAUCCUUUCAUCAUCAGAACAGCAGCUUACGAACUACUUCACUUCCCAAAGGUGUUUCCAAAAAAUCAGAAACCCAAACACCCAACAACAGGAAUUAUUGCCAUUACACUGGCAUUUCACAUAUGUCAUGAAGUUCACAUUGCUGGUUUUAAGUACAACUUUUCUGACCUCAAGAGUCCUUUGCACUACUAUGGGAAUGCCACCAUGUCUUUGAUGAAUAAGGUAACCUAUGUACACUUUGGUGUAAUCUUUGAUCUUCAGAUUUGGAAAGCUUCUAUUCUUCCUUCUCACCCUGUCAUUUUAAUGAGGGAACAGAUUUUGGAGGUCAUUGACGGCUUUAUAAGUGUUUAAAGAGAUACCACAUGCUGAAAUUAGCAUUCAAGUCUAUAGAGUUUUUACUACAGCAGACCCUUGGGAAAAAUCUCAUCAAACCUACACAGGGACCAAGCCUUAUUCUAGAAAUUGUAUCAUUACUUGUACUAUUUGACUAUAUAGAAAUCUGUUAUCUGAGAUAUGACAGAUUCACCUAAAAGCAUAGCUGUACUCAUACUAAUUAUUUUCAUGUAGUUUUUUCCGGUUAAGUAGAUGAGAAGGUCUAUAAUAUGUGAAUCCCAGGAAAGAAUUUUCCAGAAAAGUUAUAAACCUUUAACUAGAUAAUUCUUCUCUGGAACAGAGAUUAAUGGUGGUUGAUUUGAUGUUUAAGAUUUUUAUUUUCAUUGAAUAAAUGGGAAUUUUCUGUUUUCCUAAUUACAACUUAGAUUUGUGACACCUCGCAAAUGACAGGAUGAAAAUGUUAUCUAUAGGUUUUCAGUACUGAACUGUGAGUGACUUGCUGUUAAGUAUAUGGCUAUAGCCCAUGAAAUGAAGCCAGUCCUCUUAAACCCUCAUCCCGCAAAGACUAUGUGAGCUGAAGGAAUGGUAUUACUCAGGUUAGAGCGUAACAUUGUCAGUUGUGGUUUCUAGAUUUAUACCAUAAUUGAGUAGACCACAGGAUGAUGUGAGGGAACUUCUUACUGAUGGGAUGGUUUCAGUGGAAAGAGUGGGCUUUAGGGAAAGCUCUGGCACAACAAUGCGCAAUGAAAAAAGAAAUUAAAAAGGAAAGACAAGUCCAUGACCUAUGUCAUCUAUGGAGCUUUUUAGAGCCAGCACAUUCCAUUGCUGCUGCUGUUAAUUAUCUUGAAAUUGGGACAGACGGUGAUUUUAUUUCAUUUUUCUUUAGAAUGCAUAUCACAAUGUGACUGCAGAGCAGCUCUUUCUGAAGGACAUUAUAGAGAAAAACUUUGUAAUCAACUUGACUCAAGAUUGACCCUACAGACUCAGAAGAUGAUGCUAACAAUAUUAGUUUUAUUUUUAUACUGCAAUUUUUAGUUUGUUUUUAAAAUAUGUUGGAUGAACUUGUCAAGAAAUUAUGUAUAUUAAGUCUGUUGCUGCCUGGUGAUUCAUAACCACCAGCUUAAUUUCUGUGAAUAUAUUUAAUUUAUGGAAACCAAGAUUAUGUUUAGUUAAGCUAUCAGGGAAAUAAGUGAAGGUUUCAUUGCCUUGUUUUAAAAAUAAGCUAGUUUUCUGAAGUGUUUUUAAACAUCUUUUUAUAGUUACUUCAUCUUAGACUUUUAAAGAGAUGGGACUUCCUAAUAAGUAAGGGGAUUGGGUUUACCACAACAAAAUUUUAAUACAACUUGACAUUUUGAGAGGUUUAUCUGGCCACUGUAAAUUGAUGGGUAAUGGUCAUGUGGCAGUGCUCUGACAUGGCAUACUGGAACCACUUCAGGCCUCUAUCUGGAUGACUAUUUGGCUCCUUUUUGUGGAACUUGAUUGACUGGAAUCUUAAACCAGGUUUGAAGGGGUGGGUGGCUUUGGAACUCUUAAGAUCAUAUUGGCGUAACUAAGCAUUUUUCCCUGCAGUGAAGUAAACCAUGAUUAUGAUGAGUAGUUGGGUAGCAGGAAGAUUUUUUUUGUUUUUAAGUCCAAAGAAAUAGCAUAAAUAUGAAUUCUGGAUAAGUAAAUAACCAAAGAAUGCAAUUACUAAAGGCUGGUAGCUGCAUUAUUUUAAAGAAAUACAAUUUAUACAAAGCUGAAUUAGGCAAGCUCAAGGAGAAAAUUGUUACACAUUAUUUUUUUUCCUGGCUUAAUUUAUUCAUUAAAUUUUGGAAGUUUAUUGCAAGGAAAAACAGAAGAUGUAAAUGAGUAAACCUUUAAGAAAAGCCAAGCUGUUUCUGGAUUUAAAUGGUAUUCUCAUGAAAAAUCAACUGUCCACAUGUAUAAACUGUGUCUUCAAAUGGAAAGCUUACCUAGCAUGCAGCAGAGAAGAAUCUUGUGGGAUGCAAACAAGCCAACUGGACAAAAGUGGUGAGCUAGUCUCCCAUUUCAUUUUAAUGAAUAUAAGCAAUGUUACCAUCAUUCUAUAAUAUUGGCCAUAAAAAUUUCUGACGAAAUCUUAAAAUUGAGGAAUGUGGCAUUUUAUAUAGUAUGAGAAACGACUAUAAACCUCAAGGUGGUAUAUUUAAAAAAAUAUCUGAGCAAGACACAUAUACAAUUUAUUAAAAACACAUGAACACAUUAAAAUCUCACUAUUUAUACAAUCUAAAUUCUAGCAACAUAUACAAAUACUGAGUGACUACAGUACAUGCCGAGGUAAGAAAAGUACAUUCUGGGAGAAUAUAACUGACACUCAAGCCAUUUUUACCUAUUUCAUUACAUGAUUUGUUUCUACCUUUCCCAGUGCCAAAAAAAAGAAGAGAUGAGAAGAAACGAGUCACAAUUUGGACUAAAUGAGAAUUAGUGCCAUGGUUGACCUAAAAAUAUCCAACUCUUAUUUAGAUCUUGCAGUUUAGGGACUUCAAGUUCAGAGCUGAAAGGCAGAGCUCAUAGGUAACUUUUGUCUUUAAUAAGUAGAGCUUCACUGAUUUCUUUUGGGGGGGGGUUGAAAAGUUUUUGUUGUCCCACCUAAACAUAUUCAUUCCUUCUAACUAACUGUAUCGUCUGACAUGGUGUUUCUAUAACCUUUUUGGUCUCCAGGUUGACCGUGUGGAGCCCAGGAAAAGAAAUUCAAGGUUUAUCACAUUCCAUAGAAUUAUGGCCACAUUCAUAUUUAAAUGAGCUUAUUUUCUACUUUCUUGUGUAGGGGGUGGGGAGAAGGACAUGUGUAUAUAUACCAUAAUUUCAGUUAGUGUAUAAAUCCUCUACUCAUCAGCAAAUAAAACCCAUUGUUUAAUGCAAAGUGCAAAUAUUUAAACGGAACUUAAAUAACUGGACUAGACCCUACACAAUAGUAUCUAUUUAGAUUUUACAGCUUUUAAAAUCAGCAUUCACAAUAUCUUAUCUUUAACUGUACUGGUUCCUAAGAUCAAGUAACAGGGAAGUCAGUGUAAUUUUAUGAAAGGACCACAUUUCCUGCAUCCAUUGUCUGAUUCUAUUUUUAUAACUGCAUUAACAGGAAAAAAAUAUAAUCCAAUAAACAACAGUGACUUAAA